UUCAAUUUUUAAUAUAAAAAGGGAAGCAUCAAAAAAAAUCUUAUUAUAUUUUGUAAGAUAUUUACUCGAAAAUCAUUUUAAAAUUAAGCUGCAAUUAUAAGGCAAAAUUUUAUUGUCUUAACUUUUUAUUGUACUUACAAGUUCAUUUUUAAAACACGUGAUGGCCGAAAUUGAAGAAACAGAUAGCUUGGACGUUACUGACGAAGAAUGGGAAAAUUAUAAAAAGAAGUUUCAAAAAAAUUAUAGUCCGACUGAAGACUCGCAAAGACGUAAAAUAUACGAAGCAAGUAAAAAAGUAAUAGUAGAACAUAAUAAAAAAUUUAAAGCUGGCGAAGUACCAUUCGCAAUGAGUAUUAAUCAAUUUGCCGAUAGAAAACCUGAAGAAGCGGGUGGUUGUAUGAAAAAGGCUUUAGGUAAAUAACAAGUUACUUUUUAGAGUAGUUUAUAAUUGUUAAAUUGUGUAUAAGAUAUUUAUUUUAUUUUUACAAUAAGUGUAGUAAAUACAAUGUUAAAAAUUUAAGAUCAUAUAUUUUCACCUGAAUUUUAAAUCAAUCAUAUACAA